AUCACAAAUAUUUCUAUUUUAGUAACUACUUCAACUUAAAGACAAUGAAUGGGCUUGAUUCUUCUAUCGUCCUUCCAAUUAUGGGUUUAAUUCUUAUUUUGAUUUUAAACAUUAAAAUCUUCAUGGUAAAAGCUUCGAAGCUAAGAUCACCCCCAGGUCCCAGACCUUUGCCAGUUAUUGGAAACCUGCAUCUACUCAAUCUGAAGAGGCCCCAUCAAACCAUGCUGGAGCUUUCCAAGAAAUACGGCUCCAUUUACAGCAUCCAAAUGGGACUAAAGAAGGUGGUGGUACUCUCUGGCUAUGAGACAGUGAAAGAUGCCCUUGUUAAUUAUGGUGAACAAUUUGGGGAACGACCUCAAGUGCCUAUAUUUGAAAGACUUUUUAAAGGAAAAGGAAUUGUCUUCUCUCAUGGUGAAACCUGGAAAACUAUGAGAAGAUUCAGCCUGACCACCUUACGGAAUUUUGGAAUGGGCAAGCGAACAAUAGAAGACACAAUUAUAGGGGAAUGCCAGCACCUCAUACAAAACUUUGAAUCUCAUAGAGGAAAACCCUUUGAGAUCAAAGCAGUAUUGAACGCUUCUGUUGCCAACAUCAUUGUAUCCAUGCUGUUUGGAAAACGCUUUGAUUAUGAAGAACCUCAGUUCCUGAGACUCUUAACCUUAACUGGUGAAAAUGUGAAACUUAUUGGAAGUCCUGGAAUUACGCUUUUCAAUGUGUUUCCUGUUUUGGGGUUCCUCUUAAAGAGUCAUAAGACAAUCCUCAGGAACAGAGAUGAAUUGUUUGAUUUUAUAAAGAUGACCUUCCUAGACCAUCGUCAUAAACUUGACAAAAAUGAUCCAAGAAGUUUCAUUGAUGCAUAUUUGAUCAGACAACAGGAGGAGACAGACAUAUCUACUGAUUUUUUCAGUGAUGAAAACUUGUUGGCACUUGUCAGUAACCUGUUUGUGGCAGGUACAGAGACCACAGCCUCCACACUGCGUUGGGGAAUUCUACUCAUGAUGCGAUACCCUGAAGUCCAGAAAAAGGUCUGUGAAGAAAUCAGCAAGGUUGUGGGAUCAGCCCAGCCUCGAAUUGCACACCGAACUCAAAUGCCGUACACAGAUGCUGUCAUUCACGAAGUACAGAGGUUUGCUGACAUUCUGCCCACAGGCUUACCCCGUGCAACAACCACAGAUGUUACAUUUAAAAAUUACCAUAUUCCAAAGGGUACUGAAGUCAUCACCCUGCUUACCUCGGUACUUCGAGAUCAAACGCAGUGGGCGAAACCAGAUGAAUUUAAUCCUGAACAUUUCCUCAACUCCAAGGGAAAGUUUAUCAAGAGAGAAGCUUUCAUGCCCUUUUCAUUGGGCCGGCGGAUGUGUGCUGGGGAGUCACUUGCCAAGAUGGAGCUUUUCCUUUUUUUCACCAGCCUCAUGCAGAAGUUUACCUUCCAGCCACCCCCUGGAGUCUCCCAUCUGCACCUGGACCUAACCCCAGAUACUGCUUUCACCACUCGUCCAGUGCCUCACAAGAUAUGUGCUCUCUUCCGCACCUAG